AUGGCCAAGACGACACCACUAUCGCAGAAAAAGCGAAGACUUGAGGAUGGUAUGCGUGGGAAGAUUGAGCGACCCAGGAAGCGAUCCCGCAAGCAGGCAGACUACCACAGUUCAUCAGAGGAUUCGAACGAGGAAGACGAUGCAGGGUUUUCAGCAGUCAAUCUCAUUGAUGUUGGUGAAAGAGUAAAGACGAAACCACAACAGCAGCAACGGCCGAAAGCUGCGAAGCAGGAGAAGGUCCGAGUAGACCUGGAAGAAGGGGAAGAUGAGGAGGACGACCAAGAAUCCGAGGAAGGAGACGAUGCCUUUUCGGACGAGGAUAAUGAGGCUCAAGACACAACAGGUGUCAGCAAACGAAGAUCUACAAGCAAACGAAACGAUCCAGAAGCCUUUUCCACCUCGAUAUCAAAGAUCUUAUCCACGAAACUAUCACAAUCAGCACGAAAAGACCCAGUGUUAUCGAGGAGCAAACAUGCGGUUGAAACGAGCGUGACACUUGCAGACGAGAAGUUGGAACGCAAAGCCAAAGCCAAGCUCAGAGCUGACCGUCGGGAAGACUUGGACAGAGGCAGAAUAAAAGAUGUGCUGGGUCUGAAUUCCGGAAAAGCAGGCGAAAUCGCCGAAGAAGAGAAGAAAUUACGCAAGAUUGCCCAGCGCGGUGUGGUAAAGCUUUUCAAUGCCGUUCGCGUCGCACAAGUGAAAGCCGAGCAAGCUGCCAAGGAAGAGCGAAAGAAAGGAACGAUAGGCAUGUCCCAUCGGGAAGAGAAGGUCAACGAAAUGAGUAAACAGGGCUUUCUGGAUUUGAUAGGAGGGACGAAGAAGGACAAGAGUUCCGCACCACAGGCCGUAUCGACAUGA